AAUAUGAUAUGCCAAUAGCUCAGAGUCCCACAUAUUGUUUUUGUUCAACAAACCCAAUAUGACCCACAUCUCUCAUCUGGCACAGGACCCAUUUUUCACUACUAUACUUUGAGGAAGGGUGGGGAGUGGGUGGGGGUGCGGGGUCUCUCCUGUUGCUGUUAUUAUAGGAAAAACUAUUAAUUGCAAACUACUGCUUACAUCAUCUCUCAAACAAGAAAAUUAAUAAAUGUUGUAACAAAUUCAAUACUCUACACAUUUUGGUAUGCAAAUAGUAACAAUAGUUGUACCAAAAUCCAAAGAUUCAGGCUUUAUAUUUUCCAACAAGAUUGAAUUAAAAAAGUGACAGCUUUGCUUGCUUGCUACAGAGAGAGAGAGAGCCAGUGAAUUGACUUUCUUUUCUUGAGGUCUUUUCAUGUUCAAUGGCCUCAAGUGCUUCAAGAUUCAUCAAGUGUGUUACUGUUGGUGAUGGCGCUGUUGGCAAGACUUGUAUGCUUAUUUGCUAUACCAGCAACAAGUUCCCCACUGACUAUGUGCCGACGGUGUUUGACAACUUUAGUGCCAAUGUGGUUGUUGAAGGAACCACAGUAAAUUUAGGUCUUUGGGAUACUGCAGGCCAAGAAGAUUACAACAGAUUGAGGCCACUGAGCUACCGAGGAGCAGAUGUUUUUGUCCUAGCAUUCUCCUUGGUUAGUCGUGCAAGCUAUGAGAACAUACUUAAAAAGUGGAUUCCUGAACUUCAGCAUUAUGCUCCUGGAAUUCCAGUGGUAUUAGCUGGCACCAAACUUGAUCUUCGUGAGGAUAAGCACUUCUUGGCUGAUCAUCCUGGAUUAGUUCCUGUCACCACUGCACAGGGAGAGGAGCUGCGGAAACAAAUUGGUGCAGCCUAUUAUAUCGAAUGUAGCUCUAAAACACAACAGAAUGUGAAAGCUGUAUUUGAUGCUGCAAUCAAGGUUGUCAUCAAGCCACCACAGAAGCAAAAGGAGAAGAAAAAGCAACGUCGAGGAUGUCUCAUGAAUGUGAUGUGCGGAAGGAAGCUCGUUUGUUUGAAGUGACUAGUCAAUGUAUAUACUUCCCAUCAAUUCAGCCUCUAACAUGAUACCAUAUCAAUAGCUUGAGUGCACUGCUUACUAAACCUACGUUUCUAUGGGAGCUUUUAAUGUAUUUGUUUAUGCGCAAUCCAUGCUGCUGAACGGACUUGUUUGUCUCGUGUAAAAAAAAAAAUACAUACUAGAUUUUCGUUGCCAGUAGAUGUGAUAAAUUCUGGUA